GUGACCGCAAAUCAUUUUCCUUUCAGUGUAGUCCAGCAGUGAAUAAUAGUGAUCGAUCCUCCAUGACCACGAGUCCAUGCACUGUCUUGCUUUUGAAGGUCCCGCGCCACACAAUCCCUGGCGCGGAGUGGGCGCUGCUUCAGCUCGGCCUGGGUCUGGUCAGCCGUCAGGGCCGUGGCCGUGGCCGUGGCUGCAGAGCUGCCAGAUGCAGGGAAAUUUCUCUGUUUUAGGGAAAUUUAGGUCUCAACAGGGAAACAGGGAAGAAAAUUCAAAAUGUUCCAAAAUCUAGGGAAAUUUUGACCAACGGACUCACACCCUUCAUCCGCAGUCCCCACCCUUGUCCUCCUCCCAUCCUCUUCACCCGUCAUCCGUACAAUAAUUAUUUGUAUUAAUUUUUAUCAAUUAUUUAUUGUUUCCUUUCCCUCUCAAUUGAAUUUCAAUCCACUUCUGAGGUCUCUCUCGAUCACUAUAUCCUUCCUCUACCGUUCACUCUUCCUUCCCUCAUCCCCAAACAGCGUCAUGACUUGUACGAGACCCGUACACCGUCCCUUCCCUUUCCUCCCUCGCCCUUGCUAGCUAGCUGAACCUGUAUUCUACGAGACCGAUAGAGACCCGUAUUCACCCAAACAGUGUCAUGACACGUAUGAGAUCCGUAAAUCGUCCCUCCCCUUCCUUCCCUCGCCCCUGCUUGAUAGCUGAACGUGUAUUUCUACGAGACAGAGACGCGUAUUCACCCUGUCCGCUUCCUACGAGUCCAGUAUUACGAAUCUGCCUCCCUCAGUCUUUCAUACACUGUCGCUCAGCUCAGUUAGGUCUGGAAGUCUCUGAAGGAUUCUAUUACUGGAAAGAUUUAUGCAUUGCACACUAGAGUCUCUGCUGUCUUGCAUACCAUUCUUGAGUUGUACAUGAAGCCAAGUGUCUUAGAAUCAACACCAUUAUCAGCUGUCAGGGUAAAAGACCCAAACAAUUUCGUUAAAUUGGAAGAGCUAUAUCUUGGAGGACGAGUAACUGCAUCCCUUCAGAAAUACCAAAACCUUGACAAGCAGCAACUGGACACGUUCAAGUUGAGAUGUCUGGACUUUUACAUAGAAGGAGCCUCUCAAAUUUUGCAAAGGUUUAAUCUCAGUGAUUCUGUAUUUACAAAUCUCAAGGCUCUAGAUCCACAAAGUGUACUGAUGAAGACAAUUCCCUCUGUUGCCCCCCUAGCUGCUCAGUUUCCUAACUUGGUGUCUGAAAAUGACUUAAAUGAGAUAGACGGUGAAUGGCGUUUACUGAAAACACUGAACUGAAUGUAGAACCUGAUAUUAAUGUAUACAAGUUCUGGCAAAAGGUUGGAGACUUGAAAAAAGGUGAUGAUUCCCCAUUAUUUCCACUACUAGGAAAUUUCAUGAAAAACUGUUGUGUCUUCCUCACUCUAGUGCAAGUGUUGAAAGGGUGUUUUCUCAAGUGAAUUUAAUGAAGACCAAAGUUCGUAAUUCACUGAACACAGAAUCGCUAAAUGGAAUGCUUCAUGCAAGGAAAAUUUUGAAAAUUCAUCAGCUCACAGUUUUAAAGUUACACCGGGGCACUUGGAACUUAUGACAGCUGACAUCUACAAAACUUCAGAUCUACAGGAAUAGCAAUCAUUCUAGGCAGUGCCGCAGUGACACCACGUAAUUCCCGAGCUCUGACGCUCCGUCUCGCACUUAUCAAGUGUUCUCGUGGGCUCUUCCUUAUGCCGGCCUGCUGAGGGAGGGAGGGAGGAGGGAGAGAGGUCACCAGAGGAGGCUUGGGAGGAGAGAGAGGCGAGUAAAAGGUUUCCAGGCCGGGUGCCCUGCUGGGCUCUGAAGUGGCUCCAUCUGGCUGGCUGUGUAGAGGGUUCCGGGCAGCAGCAUGAGUGAACAGCAGCAGCAGUCUGUGUCAGGUGUGGGGAGGUCCAGGCCUGCUGGCCAGGAUGACCCAGAGGCAGGCAGCUCUGGCCACAGAGAAGAGAGAAAGUUUGAGUGUCAGCUGUGUGAUAAAGUUUAUACAACCAAAGAAGGGCUUAGAGUACAUAUCAUGAGGCACAAUGGUGUUAGUUAUCCGUGUCCUGAAUGUGGAAAACAUUUCACCAGACAGGGUCACCUCAACAUACAUGCCCUGACACACAGUGGUAUUAAAAAACAUGAGUGUCUGGAAUGUGGAAAGAAAUUCACCACAAAGUCUGAUCUCACUAAGCACACCUUGACACACAGUGGUGUUAAAAAUCAUGAGUGUUCAGAAUGUGGAAAAAAAUUCACCACAAAGUCUGAUCUCGUCAAACAUGGCCUGACACACAGUGGUAUUAGGAAUUAUGAAUGUGUGGAAUGCGGAAAGAAAUUCUCCAGAAGGUCUCAUCUCAACUCACACAUCCUGACACACACUGGUGUUAGAAAUUUUGAGUGUCCAGAAUGUGGAAAGAAAUUCGCCACAAAUUCUGAUCUCAACACACACACCCUGAUACACAGUGGUAUUAGAAAUCAUGAAUGUCCAGAAUGUGGAAAGAAAUUCACCCAGAAGUCUAAUCUCAACAGACACAUCCUGACACACAGUGGUGUUAGAAAUUAUGAAUGUCUGGAAUGUGGAGAGAACUUCACCACAAAGUCUGAUCUCACCUCACACACCCAGACACACAGUGGUGUUAGAAAUUUUGAGUGUCCAGAAUGUGGAAAGAAAUUCACCACAAAGGGUCACCUCACCACACACACCCUGACACACAGUGAUGAUAGAAAUUAUGAGUGUUCAGAAUGUGAAAGGAAAUUCACCACAAAGGCUGAUCUCACCACACACACCCUGACACACAGUGAUGCUAGAAAUUAUAAAUGUCUGGAAUGUGGAAAGAAAUUCACCAAAAAAUAUCACCUCACCACACAUACCCUGAGGCACAGUGGGGUUAGAAAUUAUGAGUGUUUGGAAUGCGGAAAGAAAUUUAUCACAAAGUAUAGUCUCACCAAACACAGCCUGACACACAUAAGCUUUAAAAAUUAUGAGUGUCUAGAAUGUGGCAAGAAAUUUGCCACAAAGUCUGAUCUUAACGCACACACCCUGACACACAGUGGUAGAAAUUAUGAGUGUGAGGAGUGUGGCAAGAAGUUCUUAACUAUUGAUACUCUAAAAAGCCAUGCCUUCAGACACACUGACUUGAUCCAGUUCAAGUGUGAUACUUGUGGCAAGUGUUUCAAAACAAAGGAUGACAUUGCUGAGCAUGCGAAGAUCCACUGUUGAGAUGGGGUGUUGUGUGGACCAGUGGGGCCACACCCACGCCUGUUGGUGUGAUGGUGGUGGGCAGUGUGUUUCUUUCUUUUUCUUUUUUCUCUCCCAUUACCUCCUUCUGACUGGCUUGACCUUCCAGCCUUUGCUCCUCACGACAGCCAGUUGAAACAUGCCAUUAGUGGGAACCGGUCUCCUGAGCAUGUCACCAAGGCUCUCCAUCUCCAGCAAGAGAUAUUCAUAAAAAAAAAAAAAAAAAAAAAAAAUGAAGAAUACAAGGUUUGGGAGAGUCUCUACUCUUAACAAAUGGCUCACAGCAGCAGUGCCAGCAAGUCUGUACCCUUCAGGCCCGGGGGAGGAGGAGGAACAGCAGUCUUCUUUCUUCAGUCUUGUAAGCUUCCUCUCUCUUCAGUCUGCUGCCCCACCCCCACCUCUCUCUCUUUCUAAACUAACACAAAAACACAUCAACUGAUCUCUGUAUCUCCUUAAAAUGCUCAAAAUAGUAGAAAUGCCAAACUACCUCUUUAUCUCUACCCAAAAAAAUGCAUAAAGUGACACAAACACACCACAUCAUUGCACAAUCUCUCCUUAAACUCACUACAACACAAAAAAAAACAAAAUGCUUCAAAUGACACAAACACUGGAAAUCAUCUUUCUGUCUCUCUUUAACCUCUUCAGUACUGGGACAUUUUUUACCUUGAGAUUUGUGCACGAUUAGACCAUUUUAUUGACAUUAGAAAGGGUCUAUGGAGGUCAGAAUAUCAGUGGCCACAGUCUUCACUAUUUCAAUCCCCACAAAAAUUUCUGAAGCUGUAUAAAAUCACCAAAUAGUAACCAGGAUUAAUAUGAAAACAUGUUAUGGUACUGAAGGGGUUAAAGUCUGUACAACCUAGAAAAACACUCACAGACACAUAGAAACACACCAAACUAUCUCUUUUACCUCUCUAUAAACCCUCUGUGGUCUGUUAUUGUAAGGAGUGUGCUUGUAUACUGGGAUAGAAGGUAGAAGGAAGCAGCCUACACCUAGUUUUGUCCUUGUAUUUUGAGGGGUAUGUGCUUUGUGUAUUAUGGGUUGCAAGACAGAAAGCAGUAGUAAUUUACUCCUAGCUUUGUAUAUCUCAUGUGUACUUUUUUGUAUUGUAGUUUACAGGUAGUGUUGCAUGUACUGUGUUUGUGUUGUGAGGUGUAAGGAUAGACAGAGACUUGUAGUGUGUGUGUGUGUGUAUUUACCUAGUUGUAGUUUUACAGGGCCUGGGGUUUAUGCUCAUCUGGCCCCGUCUCCAUAUCUACACUUAUCCAAUUUCUCUUUAAAACUAUGCACACUUGUUGCUGUCCCAUGGUCAUAACACUGCCUGGAGUUUGAUUAGGCUUGUUGUGUUUGUGCAAUUGUAAAGUAUCCUUUUAUCUCUAUAACCAUUAAGCAGUGCUGUUUUAAUAUUUUUGACAAUUGGGUUACAUCUGAUGUUAAAUUGUCUCAUAAUAUUUUUCAGCCACACAUAUUUACGACGUAGAAUAUCCGUUUCAUUAGAUUGAGUACUGUAACAAUAUCAGUGAGGUAUAUCUGAGCACUAGUUAACUCCUUCAGUACUGGGACACAUUGUAACCUUGAGUUUUGUGUAUAAUUAGACCAUUUUAUUGACAUUAGCAAAGGACUGUGUAGGGCAGAAGAUUAAUGGCCACAGUCUUCACUAUUUUAAUCCCCACAUGAAGUUUCUGAAGCUGCAUAAAAUCACCAAAUACAGUAGUAGGCAGAAUGAAUAUGGGAAUGUUUGCUGAUACUGAAGGGGUGGAGUGGAUUGGUGUGUGAUGAUAUAUUCCCUCCAAAGCAUCUGUAAAUUUGAUUGUAAUUUGUUGUGACUAAUAUAUUGUUGUACACCA